AUGGCAUCAAUUCGAGAUUACAUAGCACAAGCUUUACCUGAAGGUGUCACUGUAGAGGUCGCCAACCUUCGAAGCAUCGCUAAGGAAAGCAGCGCACUGACAAUUCCUCUGCCUGGGUAUCGAGACAACCUGGAUAAGACCAUCAAGGUAGAACAUUUCAUUGUCCUCAGCUGUGGCAGAAAAACAUUUUUUGCAAUUCAGGUGUAUGUCUUUUUGACCGUUAAGAACAGCACGGUUGUCGAAAGGCUUUUCUACAUUUCCAAAGCUGACACGAAUGGAUACUGUACGCAAGAAAUAGGCAUUAGUCGGUUGACCAAAGCGAUCCUGACGUAUCUCUUAGCGCUCAAUCCUCUGUGCUAUUUGUCAAGUGUUAAACCCUUGAGGAGAAACCUAGGCUGCAAAGAAGAGCUUAUCACAAAGGAGACGUCUUGCAGACAAGCAUUGAGGAUAAUGGCCAAUAGAAUUCUUACGGGAAAAGCCACGCAUCCAAAAAUCGAAAGUUCUCAAGCGUUCCUUUCUUACGACGAAAUGAGCAAUGACUUGAGGACAAAGAUUUGUCUUUUUACGAGACCGGAACCCCAAUAUCUUUUCCCAAAUUCAUCACUAAACUCCAAAAAGCAUUUGCUGAACGGCGAGCAGCUUUUAAGCUGGUGGUUGACAAUCAUUGACGAAAUUAUAAUUGCCGAUUUUGAGAGGGACUCACUACGAGCGAAAUUGAAGCUGCCUGGAGAGGACUUGAAAUUAGUUCACAAGAUUUUAGAGCGCAGACAUUGCGAAGCAUGGCAGGAAGGUGACAUCUUCGAGCCAUCACAGUCAAAUUUGGCUGUUUUGAGUUUCCCAGUUUUUCCUGACGAUCCCAAAAGCCGGUUUUUAGAGGCGCUGAUCGAGGAAAAUAGAGCAACGGAUGUCAAUAGGGAAGAAUUUUGGGCCGAACUUCAGGGAAGACAAGAAUUCCGGUUAGGUGUGACGGUGUCGGUUAUCGGGAUAUGUGGUAAAACCAAAAAGCGUCUCCUGUAUCCAAUUGCUGACGAGACUAUUGAGGCUUCCUCUAGAAGUGGCAUGGAGAGUCUGAAAAGUUUCAUCACUGGUGAGCAAUAUGACACCGAUGAGGGCGCAUCAGAUGCAUACAUGAACUUAACAGAUUUUUUGCAAAUCGGACGUCAGAGAGCGCAGCUCUCUGUCAUAGGUCAAUUAAAAACUGCAAGUUGUAGAAAUCAAGUAAAACGUCCUGCUGCAGUCGUGGCCAAUGUACUGGAUACCAAUUUGGUUCGUCGCAAGAAGCCCAAAAGAGCUAUGCCGGCGUCCCAAAUUUGA